AUGACCAACUCGAGCAACAGCAACAACAACAACGAUGAUGUUGUUGACGAACUGGACUUACUCAAGAUUGUAGAGGCACGGUCAAAAGGAGGUACUUGCUCGUCCCCUGUAGUUGAGGAUGAACGCCACGCAUUACUGAACAAGGCAGAGGACGAUCGUGUGGCAACGUCCUCUUCAAGACCUGCUGCAAAUCGAACAUUUCCUACAACAACUCGCCGAAGGCGACGGCAGCAUGGCGCUGCUACUCGACGCAGAGGAGCGCCAAGUCGUGAAGUUUCUAGCGAUGGAGCGGCAGCUGACGAAGAACUAGAAAUGGUCAAGAUUCUAGAGGCCAGGGCGAGAGUGACAGCUCAUCAAUACAAUGCUGCCUCUUAUAGUGAAGACGAUUCUCGUGUCCAAGUAGCACCAAGUCACUACACCUCCAACGCCAUCCUGAGAAAUAGAAGAGAUGCACUGGAAGAUGAUGGCGAUGACCCUGAAAUUCUAAAAAUUGUCCAGGCUAGGACAGAAGAGGCCAAUCAACAAGAAGAGAAGACAGAAGAAUCGGCCAGUGCCUCUGGCAAUGCAAGCCUCGAGACCAAUGCACAAUCACCUUCUUCCAGCGCCACCAAGUCUAGGCCAGGUGCUUAUGCAGGAGCACCUGGAGUUGCCUUGCAACGGGUUGACACAAUGCGGUAUUCUCGACUUGGAGUUGGUCAAGCAGUAUCCAUGUCAUCUGGGAUGUCAGACAUGGACACCAGCCAAAAAUCUAUAGACUUUCAAGCUGCUGGCGUUCAUGGUAGUCAAUCUGGUCUGAUGGUUGCCAAUCUGGUUACCGAAUCAAGCCACCAACAUCUGCCAUUGGCUGAAGAAUUGGAAUUUAACGUUGAGAAUCAUAUUGAAAAACAGAAGGCUGAGAGUAAGAGACGUGCCUUGAUAAGUGCAUUCAAAUGGCUGACUGUGGGAGUGGUUGUUGUUGUGGUGAUUGUCCUGGCAGUGGUGCUUGGAACCAGAAAAAAGACACAACCAACAACAGCAGCGGAAUCUCAAAUGGCAUCCAGUGAACCAUCCGCCUCCGUGAUGCCCUCAUUCUUCCCAUCAUCCCCGCCCAGUAAGGCACCAUUGUCAUCAAGAUUAGCCAUCAAAGGGCUCCCAGAAAGUACAGCUGAGGCAAUUGGUAGGCCUGGUUCCCCACAGCAACAGGCUUAUGACUGGACAUUUCGACAUCCAGAAUUUGAUGGCAUGCCAAAUUGGCGGAAGCAGCAACUGUUUGCAUUGGGAACCUUCUACUUUUCAUUUGAGAAUUGGCCUGAUGAUCACCAUUGGAUGGACUAUGGUAACUCGGAAUGUUUCUGGACAACACAAUUAGAUUCAGCCCAGGUCAAUCCCUCAACAUUUGAUGUAAUGCCUGAAGGGUAUUUCAUUCGCACCUGCCAAAUGGCUUCAAGUAUUUCCAUGAACUAUCCAGAUCCUUGGGUCUCCAACUGCAACGAUGAAGGCCAUUUCUACUACAUGAAGCUCAAGCUCUCCACUUGGGAUGCCCCGCCUGUUCAUGGGACCCUGCCACCUGAAGUAUUCCUCCUCACUGGAAUCACAAUGUUUGAUGUUCGUGAUGCUAAAAUUAGUGGAACUAUCCCUUCAGAAAUUGGCAUGCUUUCCCUACUCACAAAUCUGAGAUUACACGGCACUGGGAUCUCCGGUGCCAUCCCAUCAAGCAUUGGACAGACCAACCUGACUGGGCUCCACUUGAAUGACAAUGCCAUUUCUGGCUCCUUGCCAUCUGAGUUGGGCUUGUUACCCUUCCUUGAACGCAUGGAUUUGCAGUCUAACAACAUUUCUGGCACAUUGCCAGCUGCUCUGGGCAAUUGUACCAGUCUGGUUAUACUAGAUGCCAGAAACAACUCUCUGACAGGACUUUCUCCAGAAAUUGGGUUAUUGACAAGCAUUCAAUACUUGCUGCUUCGAGACAACAAAAUCAAGGGAACGAUUCCCAGCGAAAUUGGGCUCUUACCUAACUUGGAAUAUCUUAGACUUGAGCGAAACUCAAUCACAGGAGCUUUCCCUUCCAGCUUCAAUCAGUCUAGUGUAAUUCAAAUGGAUUUGCAGGGCAAUCAACUCUCUUAUAUCCCAAGUGAGAUUGGUCUCAUUGGUAAUCAGAUUGGACAGCUGGAUCUCAGCAACAACAAAAUAGCCAGUUUGCCAAGUGAGCUGUUUCUCUUGACAAGCCUUUCUGUGCUUCAGCUUCACGGAAACCAAAUAGAGCAAUUGCCAAAUGAAAUUGACCAGAUGACGAAUCUGGAGCCUUGCUACGACUCCAUAGAUGGCUGGCUGUCAUUGUCAAACAACAAGCUUUCUUCAAUACCCUCAGAAAUUGGAAAACUGACAAAUCUGCGGACUUUAACUAUGCAAAGCAAUCAGAUCUCAUCAUUUCCGGAUGUGAAUUGGUCCAACUUGACAAACUUGCUGUCCAUCCAGCUCUCUCACAACUUGCUGCAUUCUACAAUUCCAUCAGAACUUGGCCUCCUUCAAGAGCUUCUGAAGCUGGACCUGUCAAACAAUGCCUUGAUUGGGAGCGUACCUUCAGAGCUAGGGGAGAUCUCGGCAAGUGUGGAAUCAUGGAAUAACACACUUGGUGAAUAUGUUUCACAGGAUGUACGACGGUUUCGAACGCUCAUUUUGAGAAACAAUCAACUAAGUGGUUGGUUGCCAUCUGAGCUCCUCCUCUUGACAGAAUUGGAAACUCUUGAUUUCUCAAACAAUUCUAUGACCGGGCCUAUGAUGACAGAGUUGGGCAAGCUGACAAGUUUGCAAUUGGUGGACUUUUCAUUCAACCAAAUCUCUGGUCCGAUCCCAACGGAAAUCGGGCAGAUCUUGACCACAGUUAGAGGUCAAGCGGCAUCCCUGAUUCAAACACUUGAUCUGAGCAACAACCAGCUGAGUGGAUGGUUGCCAUCAGAACUUGGCCUUUUGACAAGCUUGGAAACCCUGGAUUUGUCAUUCAAUAGCCUUACAGGAUCCAUUCCCAGUGAGCUUGGAAAUGUGAAUGCAUUUGGAAGUGCAAUCAUGUUGCUGGGGAAUGACUUUUCUGGGAGGCUUCCAGAGACUUUGUGCCCCUGGUAUUGUGCAGCUGAAUCGUGCUCUUUGGAAUCAACAGCCACAUCGAAUGCCAGUGAUAUCUUUGCGAAGGAUGUGGCCACUACAGACUGUAACAUGCCGACUUUGUUUGAAGUUGACUGCUCUUCUGAAUCCUUGCUCAACUGCACCGUUUGUUCUUGUGCGUGA